ACCUGUCCACGUAAGCAUUUGACUCAGGUUUGCAGAAUCGUAAUGGGAAUAAAAAAAUCAUCUCUCUCUCGAAGUUUCCUUCUUCGUAUCUAUAGAGAAGAUAUUUUCACGUCACCAAACAAAAAUACACCAGACAAAAACGCACAGGGCCUCUCUCUCUUUCUAUGGUUACGCUCUGAAAUUCGAAGCAGCAGCUCUUCCCUGAUUCGAAGGCUUUGUGAUUUCGAUUUGGAGUUAUGGACCGGGAAGGAGGAUCCAACGGCGGAUCUUGCUACUACUCCGUCCUCGGGAUUCGCAAGGACGCCUCCUUCUCGGACAUCCGCACAGCUUACCGCAAACUCGCCAUGAAAUGGCAUCCGGACAGGUGGUCCGGGAACAAGAACCUCUCGGUGGCCGGAGACGCGAAUCGGCGGUUUCAGCAAAUCCAGGAAGCUUAUUCGGUUCUCUCGGAUCAGGGGAAGAGGUCAAUGUACGACGCCGGGCUCUACGACCCGCUUGAAGAGGAAGACGAAGAAUUUGGGGAUUUCAUGCAAGAGAUGAUUUCCAUGAUGAACAAUGUGAAGGACGAGGGCGACAGCUUUGAGGACCUCCAGAGGAUGUUUGUGGAAAUGGUAGGUGCUGAUGGGAACCACGGAAUGGGGUUUGACAUCGGCGGCAUGGAUCCAACCGCCAACAAAAAGGCACGUGCCGGCUCGUCCCGAAGUAACAUUAACGCCGCCGCCAAUCGCGGCACUUCGCGCUGCUAGCGAUGCCGGAUCACGGCGGUUCAUUUGUGUAAUUUGUCGAAUUUAACCCCACCUGCCCAUCGUGUCUUUUCUAUUGAUUUAGUCCGAAUUGGCUUUGUAUUGAAAUGGGUAGGUGGAUUAUUAGGUAACUUUAGUUUGUAGCCCUUGUGGGUGGGUUGUCACCAAAACGUUGCAAUGUUGGUCCUUUUUAGUAAUAAACUUUCUUUUUGUUGGUUUCUUUUGCU